AUGAGGCCCCUCUCCGCGAUCGACCCCAACCGCUCCGCCGCGCCCGCCUGCUCCUACGUCGCAGGCGUCCAUCAGCACACCGUCCACCACUUGGACUCGGGAGCUGCCGCGGCCGACCACACCGGCGCCGAAGAUCACGUCGCCCCGAUCAGCGCCGGGCGACGUGCCCGCCCAUCGGGUCCAUUCGCGCUGAUGUCUGAAGCGGUUGUGCAAGUGUGGCGCGAGAACUCGGCGGAGGUGUUCGCGCUCGCCGAUCAGCAAUGGUACGAGCACCUGCGAACGUACGUCAACAGAGCCGACGUUCUCCAGAUUGGUCUUGCGCUUGCCUUCGAGGUCGAGGAGGAUCAUCCAGUACGAGGCGGUGAAGUUGUUGCAGAUUCGUCGCAGCGGGUGAUCGCUGUGGAGAUAAAUCUUCACUUCGAUGUGCAGUCACGCGACUACAACUCGAUAGCCAUCAGCUUCCUGGAGGAGCAAGGCCACCGCCUUGAUGAGCACAAAGACCGCGGCGUCCUACCUGAGUGGGUUUUCGCCGGACUGCUGCGCCACCUCCCCUUCGGUGACCACUCCGUCACCUGGAUCACCUAUCACGGUGACCGGGAUGUUGGCUUCCUCCUGCGCCUGCUGCAGGCUGGAGGCCGCGGAGAGCUCCCACCCGACCGCGUCACUUUCCUCCACCAGGUUCGGGAAAAGUUCCCUGCCUUCUACGAUGUCCGUGUUCUAGGGCAAGUGUUGACCGAAGGAUUUGCUGGAAAGCUUACCAAGCUUGCAGAGGACCUUGGAAUUGAGCGCAUCGGCGACUCACAUUUUGCCGGUUCGGAUGCGCUUCUCACACUAUCAUGCUACUCUGAAAUUGCACAGCGUUCACAGAGCAAGCUUGCAGCUCGAUUGAGCUUGCUGUCCGGGGCAGAGGAAUGGGACAUGGGAAUCAAAUGUGGGCGAAGUGUGGGUGAUGACAGCAUCAUCACAGUUGAUGUUAGAGAACACAACUUUGAGGAGGAGAAGAGAAGAAUAGGUGAAUUGAUCACGAGCAAUUUCAAGAUAAUAGGAUUGCAAGUGCUGCUUCCGAAAUUGACUGCACCCCUCUGUGAAACACCUCAUCCUCAACAGGAGUAUGAUUUAAUGAAGAGCAGAUUCAAUGGGAUCAACAAGUUCCAGAUAAUCAUCGGCUUCAUGAAUGCUGACGGAAUUGUAGCCUAUGGGCGUUUAUGGAAGUUCCACUUCAGCUUGAACCGUGAAAGAAUGGAUGGUAAUGUACACCCGCUGCAGUUUGCCGAACUCAUUGCAUCCAGCGGAGCUUCCCACAACACAGAGGUUUCGUGGGUUACCUUUGAUGGAUCCCACGGGGUCGGUUGCCUUAUCAAAUCCUUCAUGAUGCCAAAAGACCUUCCCCCAGAUUUGCCACCCUACUUGUUUCAUCUUAGGGCUUGUUUUCCAGUUAUCUAUGAUAUGAGAUUCCUAUCUCCGCGAUGCCCAGACAUUGCUCGCCUCCUCACCGGAUGCAAUGGAGAACCAGGGGUUGUUUUACUUUUGAGGUGUUACAAGAGAAUUUCAGAGCAUGCAGAUUCCACUACCAUUUCUUCAGAUGCUCAGAGAAAACUUAUGGUAGGUUGAUGCUUGUCGUCUCUCUAAGUCUCUAAUGGAAGAUGGUGUUUGUGCUGUCUGUACAUGCUAUACUAGCAAAC